AUGUAUAUCUGUGCGCAACUGCUCAAAGAAAAAUGUAAAACACACGGUUUUUGUAGUGUCUACUUGAAAUCUGGUGUUUGUGCAAGUGGUGAUAAUUGCAAAUUUAUUCAUGCAAAUAUUGAUAAACAACCGCAAUUGAAAGAAGAAAUCCGACAAACUAAACCGACUACGCGUGCCGUUGAUAUUUCUCCAACUGAAAACAAAAUGAAAAGUACAAUAAUCGUAACAAAAACCGACGGAAAUCAAUCGUCUGUUUCGUCAGCAAGUACAUUGCAGUCAUCAAGAACGGGAUUUGAAAAUAAUAUGAGUAAAACUGAAAAUACGAUUAAUGAUGUUCUAGAACGAGAGCGAGCUACGGAUAGAAGUGACCGAAUCAAACAGACAGAGCAAAGUCGUUCUUCGAGUAGUGGUAUUGAAAAGAAUACUAAAAAUGAGAAGUCAUCAUUACCAGCUAAUAGCAACUCGAAGAGUAGUAUCGCAAAUGAUGAUAAACGACCAUCAUUCCAACGAAGUUCAAGUAAAAAAGGAAAAGAUAAAAAGAAGAAAUCUUACCAUCAAAAUAAAAAAAAGUCACGUAAUCGAAAUUCAUCAAUUGAGAGUGAUUCUGCCGUAACAUCUUCCUCCGAUUUAGAUGAUCAAUCUCAAAAAUCGAAAAAACGUAAAAAACAUCAAAAAUCAUCACCGUCUACAAAAGAUGAGCUCGAUAAAUCACAAUCGACAACGCGAAAAAAUUCGCCUGUUAGCCAUCAGCGAACUCAGUCGAUCAUAAAGAAGGAUAUUCCGUCUAAAAAAAUAACGAAAUCACCUUCACCCACUUCAUCAAAACAUAAUCGUAAAUCUUCUCCGGAUAAACUAUCGUCAUCUUCAAAUAAGCAGUUCAAUGAUCGAAAUCAACGACCAAAUUCAUCUUCGAAACAAACAAAACGUACUGUUGUAAUACAAAAAACAAGAGAACAACAACAAUCCAAAUCCAAUGAUGAAGAAAAAGAAUCAUCCUCGAAGAAGAAAAAAUUUGAUGAAACGUCUAAAAAUGAAAAUGAGCGUCGUCGUCCAAAUGAGGAUAAUACACGUGAACAACAGCAAACAAAAGAUAAUAGACAAUCACAACAAAGACGUUCACCGUCUAAAUCAACAAGUGUAAAAGUGGGCGGUACUGAUAGAAACACAAAACAGAAAUAUGAUGAACAGUCGAAUGAACACAGAACGACAAAAACGACACAACAACAAAAAUCAGAUAAAAAUCAAGAAUCAAAACUCUCAUCUAAACCGGUUACGAAGUCAGGUGUAAAAGACACAAAACAACAGCAAAAUCCUCAAGAUGCUGAUAAUCAACAAUCAUCCGAUAAACAAAAAACUGGGUUGGUUGACGUUGAUAAUCAAUCAGUAAGCUCGAAAAAAAGUACUACGAAUACAACAGUUAGAAAACAGCAUUUAUCACCAGAACAUUCAAGUAAAAAUGAUCGAAAUACUCAGCGAUCGAGUUCGUAUGAUAAAAAUAAUCACGGUGAUCAGAAUGAGUCUAAACAAAAGAAAGAUGAUGAAGACGAUGAGAAAACAAGACAACAACAGUUUCGUCGUAAUAAUGAAAAGAAAAGUGAUUUAGUUUAUGAACGAUCUGAUAGACAAAAACGAGGUGGUGGUAAUGAAUCAUCCAAGAAAACAAGUAAUAAACAGAAUAAUAAUAAUAAUGAAAAUCGUGCAGGAAAAAAAUUAUCCUCAGAAAGAAAAAAGAAUUCAUCAAAACAACAACAAGAUGAACGGCGAACACGUUCGCCAGAUACUGGAGGAGGAAAACAUCCACGUCGACGUUCAUCAACAAGUGAACAGCAAAAUGAAAAUAGAAUAUCAUCUCCAUCGUCACAACAAAUUGUACAUUCACCCACCGAUGAAAAUUAUCAUGACAGACAACAUCAACAUUAUCAACAACAAGCAUCGCCACAAAUGCAGACUCAUGGAAACAAUAGACGAAAUUACACUCGAAGUGAUUAUGCACGUGAUGAUUGUUAUGAAAGAAGUGAUAGACGUUAUUCAAAUCGUGGUAAUUACAAUGAUCUUCGAUCACAGUCAAUUGAAACAUAUUAUAAUAAUAAUGAAUAUUUGAAUCAGCCGUAUGAUAAUCAUCAUCGUCAUGGUCGUUCACCAUCUUACCAUGAGAUUGAUUAUCCUGCAAGUGGUUUCAUUUUAAAUGAAUAUGAUAAAGCGCGUUUAUCAUCAAACGAAAUAAAUUAUAAUUUACUGAUUUCACCAAGCAGACAAGAACGACCUUAUUAUGAUGAUCAUGUUACAAAUGAUGAACAGCGAUCACGUGGCUAUCGUUCAUCACCAUCACAACUAACAUCACGAAAUUAUCACGAGAAUACACAAACAAGGACGUCAGAUACAUUUGCCAAACGUCAUGGAGAAGAUAAUGUUCAAAGUGAUGAUGGUAAUAAUCAAGAUCUUCUAAAAUCGAAUAGAAAACGAUCACGUAAGCAUUCUGAUGGUCGUCGUAAUGAACAAUCAUCUUCAGGAGAUGCGAAACGAAGACGUACAAAUGAUGGUGGAUCGAGUAAAAAGUCAAGUGAUAAUCGUCCUAAUAGAACGAAUAGUCGUCAUCGGGCGAAUGCAAGAGAUUUAAGCCGAAAAACAACGGAACGUCGAGGUGGUGAUCGUCAAAAUUGGCGUGACCGACGCGAUUUUCACGAUGGUCGACGAUCAACACGUCGACGCGACUCUGAAAAAGUUUAUCUGAAUAUGGACUGGUCGUCACUCUCUCGUGAUAAACGGAUACCAUUAAAUAGUCAAGUGACAUCUCGAGCAGCUCGAUUUAAAUCAAAUGAAUAUUUAUCACGUUAUGGUGUUAUCAGUACUUUACUAACAGAUGAUCAGAAGCAAAUAAUUAAUAAUAAUUUACAGAAACUAUCUACAUCAUCAUCUUCACCGACGACAACAACAGGUGUCAAAUCUGAAUCAUUAUUAAAUAAAACGGAUAAUAGUGAUCCUCUGUCAAAUUCUCCAUUAAUACAUUUUAUGCGCCAAUUACAAAUCAAAUCAGCCGAUCAGCUCGUCAAAUCUGUUGAUAGAAGAUUCGGUUCAUGUGCCAAAGAUAUUAUUGACAUGCGGCAAAAAUGGUUUAUGAAAUCGAUUGAUCCAGUACAACGCUAUGAAUUUAUUAACAAAGAACAUUAUCUUGAUUUUCAAAAUGCAAUUUCUUUAUUUACAUCUGACACAGUGGCAUCUGAGACAAUAAAUACAAAUAAUGACUUAGAAACUAAAACUGAGCAACAACAAGAUAAUAUCCAUGAUAAUCUAUCAUCGACACCUGUAGUUCUCGCUUAA